GAAAUAAAGAGCAGCUGCCUGGCGUGGCCCAGCGCGGAGUGCGCGGGGCGCGCGUGGAGGCGGCGGCGGCGGCAGCAGCGCGCGUUCCUGCGCCGGGCCGCGGGCACCCGGGCCAGAGCCGUCGGAGCUCCGGGCUGCUGCUUGCGGCUGGGGAACAGCAGCCGGGCCACUUCCGAGAGCCCAGGCGGGCACAGAGCAGAGGAAGCAGCCGCCCCCACGCCCCGGAGGAGCGCCGGCCGCGCGGCGACCAGGUACCUAGCACCCAGAUGUGUCUCACACACUCCCAGUAUUCCUAGCUCCGGAGGGACUCCUUGUGCCCGGAGAACAUUUCCCACUUCUUCCAGUGGCAGCCAGUGAUGAGGGAAGAGCCGGCUGAAUGCACGUAAGCCACCAGUGUUUGCUGGAAGAUUGUUCUUCUCCACUCAGGACCUUUCAGAGACUGCUCUGCAAUGACCACAGCGAGGUACCGGCCUACGUGGGACCUGGCCCUCGACCCGCUCGUGUCCUGCAAGCUCUGUCUCGGAGAAUAUCCAGUGGAGCAGAUGACGACAUUAGCCCAGUGCCAGUGCAUCUUCUGUACUCUGUGCCUGAAACAAUAUGUUGAGCUCUUGAUCAAAGAAGGACUAGAAACUGCAAUUAGCUGCCCUGAUGCUGCCUGCCCUAAACAGGGCCAUCUCCAGGAGAAAGAGAUUGAAUGCAUGGUUGCAGCUGAAAUUAUGCAAAGAUAUAAAAAGCUACAAUUUGAAAGAGAAGUGCUCCUAGAUCCCUGCCGGACUUGGUGCCCUGCGUCCACCUGCCAGGCCGUCUGCCAGCUCCAGGACAUCGGCCUGCAGACCCCUCAGCUGGUGCAAUGCAAGGCUUGUGACAUGGAAUUCUGCUCCGUCUGCAAAGCCAGCUGGCACCCGGGCCAAAGCUGCCAAGAAACCAUGCCGAUCACCUUCCUUCCAGGGGAAACCAGUUCUGCUUUCAAAAUGGAAGAGGACGAUGCCCCGAUCAAACGCUGCCCCAAGUGCAAAGUGUACAUUGAACGUGAUGAAGGCUGCGCCCAGAUGAUGUGCAAGAACUGCAAACAUGCGUUCUGCUGGUACUGCCUCGAGUCUCUUGAUGAUGAUUUCCUCUUGAUACAUUAUGAUAAAGGACCGUGCCGAAACAAGCUGGGCCACUCCAGGGCAUCUGUGAUCUGGCAUCGGACACAGGUCGUGGGCAUUUUUGCCGGAUUUGGGCUCCUGCUCCUGGUGGCCUCACCUUUCUUGCUACUGGCUACUCCGUUUGUGCUUUGCUGUAAGUGCAAGUGCAGUAAAGGAGACGACGACCCCUUACCCACCUAGAGGAAGGCGAGAUGCUGGAACAAGAUCCCUGCUGCCAAGAAGCGCGGCUCUCCCCCACCCCACCCUGUUGUCCCCCUCUCACUAAACAUCUUUCUUGCCUUAUGUGCCCCAUUGAGCUUCACAGUGUCACGCUGGAUGCCGUGAUUUCAGGGACUGACGCCAGAACGUUUGCCGAGGCCCCAGCUGCAGUCAACCAGGCAUGUGGAAGGCAAGGCAGGUGUGGGUAGGGCACACCCCACAGAAUCAGUAUUUGCGGACUUGACAAGGGAGGUGCUGUAAGUCAGACACUGGGCAGUUUUCUCCCGGUGGUGAAACGCUAGAAAUGUCUGGUAGUGGCCUAAGAGACCUUCUCGUACAAAACCUUGUUCCAUCUCCUCAGUGGCUUCAAGAUGGUGUCGUGUUGUUGAGAGAAGAUGUCUUUUAAGGAUUACAACUCACUUCAGACAGAAUCUGAUUAUUCCGACUUAAGAAAAGCACUCUGUUUAUGACAACUGUUUUUAUUACUAAUAGCAUUUAGUAAAAUCCUUUGUAGAAGGUGUUGUUUUUCUUUUUUCCAGAUGAGUAGUGAAAAUCAACAAGGUGCAUAUAAACCAUCCUAUGCCUUUCUUGAAAUUUGCAUUUUGAGAAGUUAUGGUUAAAUGACUUUUCUGACUUGGCCACUUUUCAGGAGAUUUAGAAAGCCUUAUGCCCUCUUUGCUUUCUCUUGCAAUUUGUUGCAAUGACUUUUUGAAAGCUGCAAGUUGUGUAUUGUUAUAAACGUGAUUCUCAUAUUGUUGCAUUUCUUUGGAAGUCACUGACAUGUUUAAGGGAGCAUCUGCAUCACUGGUCUGGAAUUGCCUUUUGUUUUUUCUUUUUGUGGUGAUUCAGCUCAGCUCACAGCUCUCAUAACUUCUCUCCCAGGUGUCAGCAGGUUUUGUUGUUAUUGUUUUAAUGUCUUAAAAACAAAUCUUGUACUUGGAAAUCGUUCUGUUUGGAAUCAUUAUGGUUUGGCCACUUGCCUCAGUCUCUUUAAGCAGACAGUAAGAAGAAAAUAGCAUUAUUGAUUCUCAGUGUGCAGGGGCUGGAAGACUUUUGAUGGCUAACGUAGAACUUCCUGUAUUUUCUCUUUUUCUCUCCUUUUUUUUUCUUUAAAUAAUUUAGUUGCUUUGGAGAAUUCAAGUUUUGAAUCCUGUUGCUAACGGUUUCCCCCGUACUUAAAAAGCCUUCCAUCCCAUUUAGUCAUUUUCAUUUGGGGAUUUUACCACUUUGUCUUUUGCAGGACCGUGUAUAAGUGUUACCAUGGCAACAGAAUGCCCUAAUCAAUAAGAAGACACAAAUUACUCCAUCUGACUUUGAAAAGCAGAGAAAGCAUAUUCUUUAAAGAGAGUUGACUUUAAAAUGGCUUUUAAAGCCACAUAUGCUUUCUAAAAGUAAACCGAUUGCAUUGAGCUUGGGACUUUUAAAAAUAACAGAAAGGCAAAAGUUCUAGAUUUUUUAUAAUGGAUUUCUUUCACACGUAUUAAUAGUUCCACAGAAAAAACACGGAAUCUAACUUUUAUCACAGUUGUUUGCUCUUUGCAAGCACGUUUUUCAAAUCUUUUUGUAUGUUUGACUUCUACAUUUGUGUAUCAAUCUCAGGUCCCAGUUUCCCUUCCCUGGAUAGAAAUUUCUUCUUUAUUUCUUAGACUUUAAUAGUUUAGAAGAAACAGUAUCACUUCACUCUUCACCUCUUGUAUUUAUUUUCUUUAUGAAACUGAAGCCAUUUACAAAGCCAGUCUGUGUCCAAUUCACGUUACUUUAAAAAAAAUACUCCAUAUAAUUGCAAUUUAAAAUUUCAGUAACUAAAUGAAAACUUACCGGAGACCAUCUUUCCAGAUGAAAUCUGGGCAAUGAGUUUCUGUAGUUUGAGAUAUUGUGAUCAGGUCUAGUGACAGGGGGACUUUUCUGGAGAGGGUUGACAACUUCAUGAGUUCUGAAGAUGAAGGAAGCGGCCUGGCCUGGAUACUCAGCCUGUGAUUUAUGGAUUCAGCCAUGUCUCCAGGAUCCUCUAAAUUGCCUAUUAAAGAUGAUUGCCUGCGGCCCUGUUUUCAGUGGUAAAGAGGACAGGCUUCCUGCUUCCCAUUGCACAAAUCUAUGUAGGCAUACCUCGGAAAUAUUGUGGGUUCAGUUCCAAACCACCACAAAAAUGCAAAUAUUGCAAUAAAGUGGGACACAAGAAUUUUUUGGUUUCCCAGUGCAUAUAAAAAGUUGUGUUUGCCCUAUACUGUAGUCUAUUAAGUAUGCAAUAGCAUUAUGUCUUAAAAAAUGCACAUACCUUAAUUUAAAAAUAAUUUAUUGCUAAAAAGUGCUAAUCAGCAUCCAACCCUUCAGCGAGUCUUGUUCUUUUUGCUGGCGGAAGGUCUUGCCUCAAUGUUGAUAGCUGCUGACUGAGCAAAGUGGUGGUUGCUGAGGUUGGAGUGGCUUUGGCAAUUUCUUAAAAUAAGACAACACUGAAGUUUGCCGCAUCCAUUGACUCUUCAUGAAAUAUUUCUCUAUAGUAUGCAAUGCUGCUUAAUAGCAUUUUACCCACUUCAGAACUUUCAGAAUUGGGGUCGAUCCUCUCAAACCCUGCUGCUGCUUUAUCAACUAAACUUAGGUAAUAUUCUGAAUCCUUUGUUGUCAUUUCAACAAUGUUCACAGCAUCUUCAAAGGAGUAGACUCCGUCUCAAGAAACCACUUUGUUUGCUCGACCAUAAGAAAAAACUCCACAUCCAUUAAAGAUUUGUCAUGAGUUUGCAGCAAUUUGGUCAUAUCUUCAGGCUUCACUUCUAAUUCUGGUUCUCUCAGUUUUUCCACCACAUCUGCAGUUACUUCCUCCACUGAAGUCUCAAACCCCUCAAGGUUAUCCAUGAGGGUAGGAACCAACUUCUUCCAAACUCCUGUACUGUUGAUAUUUUUGAACUUCUCCCAUGAAUCACGAAUGUUCUGAAUGGCAUCUAGACUGGCCAAUCCUUUCCAGAAGGUUUUUUAUUUAUUUUCCCAGAUCAAUCAGAGGAGUCACUUUCUAUCACAGCUAUAGCCUAUGAAAUGUGUUUCUUAAAUAAUAAGACUUGAAAGUCAAAAUUACUCCUUGAUCCACGGACUCCAGAAUGGAUGUUGUGUUAGCAGGUAUGAAAGCAACAUUAAUCUUGUACAUCUCUAUCCAAGCUCUUAGGUGACCAGGUGCAUUGUUAAUGACCAGUGAUAUUUUGAAAGGAAUCUUUUUCUCUGAGCAGUAGGUCUCAAGAGUGGCUUAAAAUAAUCAGUAAACCAUGUUGUAAACAGAUGUGCUGUCAUCCAGCCUUUGUUGUUCCACUUACAGAGCACAGGCAGAGUAGAUUUAGCAUCAUUCUUAAGGGUCCUAAGGUUUUUGGAAUGGCAAAUGAGCAGUGGCUUCCACUUGAAGUCACCAGCUGCAUUAGCCCCUAACAAGAGAGUCAGCUUGUCUUUUGAAACUUUAAAGCCAGGCAUUGACUUCUCCUCUCUAGCAAUGAAAGUCCUAGAUGGCAUCUUUUCCCAAUAGAAGGCUGUUUCAUCUACAUUGAAAAUCUGUUGUUUAGUGUAGCCACAUUCACCAAUUAUCUUAGCUAGAUCUUCUUGAUAAUUUGCUGUGGCUUCUCCAUCAGCGCUUGCUGCUUCACCUUGACUUUUAUGUUAUGGAGGUGGCUUCUUUCCUUAAACCUCAUGAACCAACCUCUGCUAGCUUCCAACUUUUCUUCACCUCUUUCUGCAGCCUUCUUCACCUCUCUCAUCCUUCCUAGAACUGAAAAGAAUUAGGACCCUGCUCUGGAUUAGGCUUUGGCUUAAGGGAAUGUUGAGGCUGGUUUGAUCUUCUAUCCAGACCACUAAAACUUUCCCCGUAUCAGCAAGAAGACUGUUUGGCUGUUUUUUUUUUUUUUUUUUAUCAUUUAUGCAUUCACCAGAUUAGCACCUUUAAUUUCCUUCAGUAACUUUUCCUUUCCAUUCAUAACUUGGCUAACUGGUGCAAGAGUCCUCACUUCCAGCCUAUCUCAGUUUUUGGCAUGCCUUCCUCACUAAACUUAAUCAUUUCUAGCUUUUGAUUUAAAGUGAGAGAUGUAUGACUCUUCCUUUCACUUGAACAUGUAGAGGACAUUGUAGAGUUAUUAAUUGGCCUAAUUUCAAUAUUGUAUAUUGAAGCAUUUAUUGUAUACAACAUUUAUUGAUUAAGUUUGCCAUCUUUUAUGGGUUCAGUUUAUGGUGCCCCCAAACAAUUACAGUACUAACAUAACAGGUCCCUGAUCACAGAUCACCAUAAUGGAGAUAAUAAUAAUGAAAUAAUUUGAAAUAUCAUGAGAAUUACCACAAUGUGACACAGAGACAUGGAGUGAGCACAAGCGGUUGGGAAAAUGGCACCAAUAGACUUGGUCAACACAAAGUUGCCAAAACCUUCAAUUUGUAGAAAACACAAUAUCUCCAAAGCACAAUAGAGCAAUGCACAAUAAAACGAGGUAUGCCCAUAUAAUAUACCCCUGUCCUUUGGGGUGGGAAUCAGAGCCUUUGGAAGGGGUGCAUUUUCUGAGCUAGGGCCCACAUCCCUGGAUUCCCAGAGCAAUGGGCUUUCCUUCUAGAAUAGAGGAGUCCCUAGCCCCAUUAUGCAUAUCUGUAGCCCCAACCAUCAUUGUGCCUUCAGCAUCGGUGUAUUUCAUAAGCACUUGGUUUGAUUUAUAUAGGGGCCAGAGAGUUUACUAGACCAAGGCAAUCAAAGUAUCACCUGUUUGCUCAGAGAUUUUGCAUCGAGCAUACGAUGGUUUAGUAUACGAUGGUUUAGUAAUAACAAAUCUAAAAUUGUCCGUUUCCUAGAUAGAUAUCAGCAAGCUCACAUUGAUAGACUUACAUAAACUUGCAUUUUCUCCUUAGCAGACUCCAUUUUUUUCUUUAUUUUUUUUUUUUUUAGUAAGGAAUGCCAUACUCAUUUUUCAUGGUGAUGUAUUAAUCAUGAUUGAUUGAUAGAACAUGAAUGAUGGUCCUAUUUUUGAAAUUUGACCUUGCUGUGUCUCCCAAGUACAACUUGGGGAGUUCUGCAUUAAGUAGAUGGACUUGUUCCUGUUAUUUAGCAUAAUUUGUCUUACUUUAAAAAUGGCAUUCAUUUAUGCAGAUGGGUUUCAUGUUGAUAUUCUGGAAGCACAUGUAUGUUUAGUCAUUUGAAGGCCCUUAAAUCCUGGGGAGGGGGUAGAAGACUGUUAGGAAUGGCCGUGGCUUACUGUGUUGCAGGGGCAGGUGGUGGGGGACAUGGUUGACGUGAAAAUUUUCUGAGUCCCCUUGGUCACUGGCCAUGUUACAAGGUUAUACUGGGCUUGGCUCUUCUCUAAAUUUGGCUCUGUUGUAUCCUCCUGUAGCCCAGCCAGCCAAGUUUUGCAAUCCUCACACUAGGCCACUGCCUCCAGAGAAGAAGUCCAUGUAGAAGUUUACACACCAGAGAUUGACUUAAUAUCUGGACAUAUUUAAAUAAAACCUUGGAUGGCAUGAAUUGCUGUCAAAACCAGUUCUCCUUCCACAACUCCAGGGUUAGCUGUGGACUGAGAAACCAACAUCUGUCAGAUCUGGUAUCUUAAGAAGGGGAACAAAUUGCUUUACAAUUAUUAUCUGUAAACCCUAUUUAUGACCCAGGCCAAUUCCUGAUUAGAACCCAGGCCUCAUGGGGAAAGAGAUGAUCAGCUAGACCAACAUUACUUAAAGAUGAGUUUAUCUUUUUCACUUCUAUUACAAAAAUAUGAGCUAUAUAACAAAUCGGAGAAAAAAUUUCCCUUGAUAGUCUUUAAAAAUUUGAAAGAACCAGGGUGGGCUUUUUGUAUAUUUCUCAGAUUCCCAUUUAUUAAUAAAUGUCUGUAUAUAAAUAUAAAAAUCACAAUGAAAUUAUCAAGGGAAAACAUUUUGCAUGUAUAAAGCUUCAUGAAGGUCUCUUCAAAAAAUACCAAAGCCUGUUUAUUUCUUGUAAUGAACCCAUGCCCUUAUGAAAAUAAACAAAUUGAAGGGAUUAUGACUGGCGUUGCCAAAAAUGCCAAAUGGAAUGCAGGGGCCCGCAUUAAAAUAUAACUGCUAAUGCAUUACAACUAGGAGAGCAUGUUGUUUGGGUAUUUAAAACCCCAUGAUCUCCAUCGUUCCUUUGACUAGUGUAAUCCUGUCUUCCAAGAUUCCAGGAGCCUUCAGUUAGGGGUAGGUACACAUCACAUACCUGAAGCUUUCUUUUGUCCUUUGCUCAUUUUAUCAUGGGUGUCUUUUAAUCUUGCAUAAAAAUAUGCAUGAAUGAGUCACGUACAUGUAUACAUUAUGUAUUUGACAAGUGGUGGUAAAACAAAACAAAACAAAACAAAUUCGGUUUGUGUUUUUGAAAUGUCAGUACAUUUUGUGCCACUAACACUGUGAUGUAUAAAGGAAUUGUUUGAAUGCCUUUUAAUGUUGUGUUUUGUACUUUGGAAUCAUAUGGAGACGUUUGAUUUGUAAUUCCAAUACAUAUUUUAAAUGUAUUGUGUCUUAUGUAGUUUGUCCCCCCUUUAGAAGGGAUGUCUUUUUAAAGAUAUUUUGGCUGGAAUACAGGUUACUUUUGUAAAUCC